AAACCGCGGUCCUUUGGCUUCCUUUGGCAGGACCUUCGCUACCCUCUAGCCGGGCUCAGCGGAGCCCAUUUGGCUCGUCUGCGCAAGCUCACGUCGUUCUCCCCGGAGCUGCUUGGCGGGCCGCUCUCCGCCGCCUCUUUUUUAGCCAUGCUGGCGCGAAAGGGACGGUUGCCGUGGUGACGGGACGCGGAGUGUGGCUCGAGCCGGUCUCCAGCCAAGCGGGGAAAGGGCGCGGAACUGCGGCCGCUCGCGGCCAUGACUGGCAUUCUGUGCGAUUGGCUGAAUCGGGAAGUGAAGCUCUCGCGGACAGUGGAUACAGAAUCUUUCGCCAGAGAAUUUUCUUCUGGUUAUCUCAUUGGAGAACUUCUAAACAAGUAUGAACUUCAAGAAGAUUUUGCUCAGUUUUCACAAAGCAGGCUUGCCAAUGCAAAACUUAACAACUUUUCUCGCAUGGAGCCCACCCUUCAACUUCUGGGUGUACAGUUUGACCAAAAUGUAGCCCGAAACAUAAUGACAGAGCAGCAUGGAGCUGCUAUCAAACUUGUGUACCAAUUGUAUGUGGCCCUAGAGAAAAAGAAAAAAGCAGGGCUCACUGGAGUUGCCAUGGAUGCAAUGCGACCUUCGGCUAAUGCAAAGCUUAAAGGUGUAGGAACCGAAAUAUAUCGUGAGAGACUCAAAACAUUAGUACCCCGCCAGGCAGACCUCUCACUCCAACAAAUUUCAGACAGCUUUCAAAACAAAGCCAAGAUCUUGGAAAGUAAGAUAGCUGGCAUGCACUUUGUGAAGCAACAGCAAGCCAAACAGAUCCAGGAGGAAAAAAAGGCUGAAGAACUUGAAAGGAAAAUUGCAGAAAAACGCAGGCAGAAUGAAAUCAUGGCCAAGAUUCAAGCAGCAGUUAUCCAGAUUCCAAAACCUUUUCUACAGCAUACGGACAAAGUGAUUGAAGACCAAAAACUGCAGAAGAAGAAGAAGGAAGCAGAAACCACAUACACUGAAAUUAGGAACUUCGAAAAACAAAUGAGGAAAGAGGCUGUUGUACCUGCCAAACUCACAGAGAGCAUGAUGAAUGCAAUAAAGGAAGAACUAGCUACGGCAAAACCAGUCAUUACUGACCUACUGAACACCUACUCAGAUGAUGAAUAUAUUAGGAAAAUUCAGAAACGUCUUGAGGAGGAUACCUUUGCUCGAGAACAACGGGAGAAGAGAAGGAGAAAGAUGUUAAGGGAGCAACUCAUAGCUCAUGAAACACAAGAAGAGGCCUAUAGAGAAGAGCAGCUUAUCAACCGACUUAUGAGACAGUCCCAGCAAGAGCGGAGAAUAGCUGUUCAACUUAUGCAUGUGAGGCAUGAGAAAGAAGUCCUGUGGCAAAACAGAAUUUACAGAGAAAAGCAGUUUGAGGAAAGACGCCUCAAAGAAUUUCAAGAAGCUCUUGAUAGGGAAGAGGCUCUUGCAAAACAAGAAAAAAUUGAACUUGCAGAACAGGCCCUUAGAGAAAAACAACUGCAUGCAAAACUUGCUGCUGAAAGAGCUGAGGCUCGCUAUAAGAAGCAUUACGAAAUUUGCUGGGAGGUGGUUGAGCAAAUCAUUGAUUUAGCAACUAAAAUAGGAGAAUAUAGAACACUAACAAAUAAUUUAAUUCCUGCAAAGCUAAUGCGUGACUGGAAGGAACUCUUCUUAAAAGGAAAGCCCAUUUAUGAGCAAGCUGAGAUCACCGAUUUGCCAGAUGUGCUGACUCCAGAACAAUUAGUAGAACUGGACAAAAAUAAUUUGCUAGAUGAGAAAGAUUAUGAUGAAUAUAAGGCUAUGGUUGAGGAGUGGUACCCUCCUGAAGAGAUCAGAGUAAAUAAACCACCUCCUGAUAAUGUAAUAUUGGGUCAUGUGAUUCACAGAUUGAUGGAACUUGUAUAUCCCCCAGAACUGGAACCACCACCGUCUAUAUUUUCUCCAUUUCCUUUGAAAGGUUGCAUUUUGGGAAAGCUCUAUAGUGGAAAAACCACCUGCUUAAACUUCUUGGGAAAAGUUUUUAAUAUCCAGGUCCUAUCUCUGGAUGCAUUGAUUGCAGAGGCAAUUAAAGCCUUCCAUGAAAAUGAAAUUGCAAUUGAAACCCUAUUUCCAGUCAAAAUGAAAGACUCUUCCUUGAAUCAAAUACAUGUUCUAAAAGAGGCUUCUAAGGCUUCAUUGGUAGUAUUGAAAACUUAUGAGUCAGCAGAACAGGACAUAACAAUUGAGGAGCCCAAAGAAAGUAUUGAGAAAACAAGCUCUGCUGUGAUGAUUGACCAAAUGGAGAUAAGUGAGGCUGAGGAUGAAUUAACCAAACUUUCUAUUCGUGCUCAGCUUGGUGCAGGAACAGAGUCAUUGUUAAAGAAAGGAAAAAACAUUCCAGAUGAAUUACUAGUUGGCAUCAUGGUGGAAGCUAUUAGUCGGUUACAGCCAGAAAGAGGUUGGAUCAUGGAUGGAUUUCCAAUGACACUCAAUCAGGCCAAACUGCUUGAAAAAGCAUUGACCGGACGAGAUCCAGACCAGACAGAAACUAAUAUAAUAAACUUGAAAAAGCCCACACUGGUUACAGACCCUGCAGCUCCAAAAGAGCCUCCUGUGCAUCCACCUGGUCUUGACUUUGCUAUUUUGUUAGAUGUUACAGACUCCAUUGUGAUGAAUCGGGUAGCAACAGAGAAGGGUAACUCCUAUCAAAGAGAACAGAAAACCACUGCUUAUAUUUCAGAAACAAAAAUCCAGCAAAGAGAGGAAUUAAAAUCGGUGUGGGGCCAGAUGCAGCACAGAAUUAUAGGUUUCCUAGACGCUUGGCCCCCCUUGGAAGCUUGGUAUUCUGAACAGCAAAAUAUACUUAUAAAAGUCAAUGCAGAUAUUGAGGAAAGUCUUAUGUGUCAAAGGAUAAAAGAAAUUUUAACAGGAGAGAUCAUCAAGAUCCAAAGUAAAGGAAAAGAAAAGGAAAAGUUAGAAGCUGAAAAACAGAAGGAGGCCAUCCACCUUUUGCCAGAAGAAUCAUUCAUAGAAAAAAUGGAGGAAGAAUCUCUAUUGUCAGAAUCACAGGAGCCCCCACCCCCACCUCCAGCCCCUGCAACUAAAGAGGCCACUCCAUCAGAGUUACCUGCUAAAGGGAAAAAGGGAAAGAAAGAUGAAACAGUCAAAGGAAAAGACUCAGCAGCUAAAUCAGGAACUCCACGAGGAAAAGGGCAGACAAAAUCUAUGUCAUCUUCCCCUGAAGAUAUGUUGCCUCUUAGUGCUGUUGAACCACCUCCAAUCAAACCUGGGUCAAGUGAAUGGAUUUACUGUGAUGAUCCAGUACCCCAAGAAAUAGCAGAAUUCCUAGUUCCUUAUUGGGAAACAAUAGAGAAAACAUAUGUCAAUAACAUCAAAGCAACCCUUCGAUGCCUCAGAGAUGAGCAACAUGUUAUCAUUCAUUACCUGUCAGACAUAAGAAACCAUUUCAAGGACUAUUUGAAGCGUCCAGACCACAAGCAGGAAUUUGUGACUCAGUGGCAAGUCGAUUAUAAUUCAGUGGCUGAUGACUUAUGGGAUGAUGAAGAAACAAAAGAAGAACUCCAUCAAAGAGUUACUGAUUUAAGAGAUCGCUUGUGGGAUAUCUGUGAAAACAGGAGAGAUGAAGCUGAGCAAGAACGUUGUGAUAUCAUGAAUGAUGGCUGGUUGCCCGACCGAAUUGGGCUUCUGAUGAACCACAUUUUUUCUCUUAUGCAGAAUGAAAUGGACCGUUUCCAAGAUACCAAAAAACUUCUGAAUGAUUAUUAUAGAGCAAUGGAAGGCAAAAUUCCAAUAGACAGCAGCUCCGACUUUGCCAGAAUACCCUUGAUAGAUCUGACGGAAAGAAGGCUAUCUUCUGAAGAGUGCAAGAUGAAAAUCAUCCCUACGAUUGCUCACAGAUCUCCUUCACCAGAAGUUAACAGAGAAAGGAUCAAAUUGAUUCCGGUUAAGCUCAAGGACGAUCUGUUUUCGGAAAGUGUAAUAUUUAAUUUCAGCCCAGAUGAGAAACUGCUCACAGAGACAUGGAAUCAUAUUGCAACAACUAUAUCUUCCAUGGUGAGUUCUGAAAUUCAGUCAAAAGAAGCAGAAGAUGAGAAAGAACGGCUUCAGGAGGAAAUGAAGGAAAAAGAGCGCCUCAAAUCUUCGCAAACAAUUCCUGGCAAAGGUGGCAAGGAAGGGAAAGGGAAAGGAGGAAAAGGCGAAAAGGAAGCAAAAGGUGGGAAAGAAGCAAAAGAUGGGAAAGAGGUCAAAGACAAGGACAGCAAAGAUUCUAAGAAAGGAAAAAAGAAAGGUACACAUAGUCCAUCUACGACUGAAGUAAUAGCUACUCCUUUAUCCCCAGAAGAAUUAAAGAAGCAAGAAUUGAAGCUUAAAAUGAAACAGGAAUAUUUUGCUGCACUGGAGCAUGAAGGGGAGGCUGCAAAAUCACGUCUUGAGCUGUUAAAAGUUAAAGGAUUAGCUUUCCUGGAGGAUCUACAAUCAAAGGCAGAAGAAACAUACAGGAAUAUGGAAAAAUGGCUUGGAGAGAGAUUUCUGGCUGAAAUGUCUAGUGUGGAUAAAUUAAUUGGGGUUGCCCGGAAUCGUAUUGAAACUUCAUCCAGAAUUCAGUUUGAAUUAGUCCUGGAAGGAAUAGAUUUCUAUGUUAAUGGUGAUAUAAAAGUAUUUGAAGAUCCUCCUCGUCCAGCUCGUCCCCCAUCUGUGGAGACUGCUACAAACAGUACACUCACUAUUUCACAGCUUAGUACUCUUCAUAAGCAGUUUCUGCAGGUGGCACCUAAAGGUAAGAAAAUACUUUUUUCAUAGAUUUAUCAGAGCAUAUUAAUGACUAUUCAAGAUUUAAAGUGAC